AAUAUAAAACGUGGCAGGCAAAUAUAUAUCCUCUGGGUAUAUCUAUAUCUGUAUAUGUAUUACUUAUGUAACCGAAGUACAAACUGCACGUGAGACUACUCAAAGUAGCUAAAAAUCUAUGCUCCCUGCACUUCUGCUCUUUAAUUUUUAUCUGCUUCAACUCUUUUAACUGUCAUGGCUUCUUUCGUUGGUCCUCCCGUUCCGCUUCCAAAAAAUGGUUACAAGGCUUAUGAAGAUCCCUCUUUUAUUAAGUGGAACAAGAGAGAUGCUCAUGUUACAUUACGUUGCCAGGACUCAGUUGAAGGAUCUCUUAGAUACUGGCAUGAGCGCAACAAAGUGAACCUACUGGCAUCUCAAUCAGCGGUUUGGGAUGAUGAUGCUGUUUCUCAGGCUCUUGAUUGUGCCGCUCUUUGGGUCAAGGAUUUGCCUUUUGUGAAGUCCUUGUCUGGUUAUUGGAAUUUUUUGCUUGCUUCCUCUCCUGCCAGUGUUCCUUCGAACUUUUAUGAUAAUUCAUUCCAAGAUUCAACAUGGGACAAAAUACCUGUACCUUCUAACUGGGAAAUGCAUGGAUUUGGUCGGCCUAUAUACACAAAUGUAGUAUAUCCAUUUCCACUUAAUCCACCUAGAGUUCCUGAUGAUAACCCAACAGGCUGCUACAGGACAUACUUCAACCUACCAAAAGAAUGGGAAGGUCGAAGGAUAUUUUUGCACUUCGAGGCUGUUGAUUCUGCCUUCCAUGCAUGGAUAAAUGGUGUUGCUAUUGGAUACAGUCAGGACAGUAGACUACCUGCAGAGUUUGAAAUUACCAGUUUAUGCCAUUCAUGUGGUUCCCAGAAGCAGAACGUACUAGCUGUCCAAGUCUAUAGGUGGAGUGAUGGUUCCUAUCUUGAAGAUCAAGACCACUGGUGGUUAUCUGGUAUUCACCGUGACGUGCUACUUCUAUCCAAACCACAGGUGUUCAUCAUGGACUAUUUCUUUAGAUCAAACUUGGAGAAAGAUUUCUCUUCUGCUGAUUUACAGGUUGAAGUUCUCAUUGAUGACUCAAAAGAAACAUCCAAGGAUAAUUUCCUCAAAAACUUCACUAUCGAAGCUGCAGUCUAUGAUACUGGAAGCUUUUCUGACAGUGAUGGGCAGGUUGAUCUGCUUUCGGCUGAUGUAUGUCAUUUGAAAUUUUGUCCACCACCUGCAGGAGUUCUUGGUUUCCAUGGAUACAUGCUUUCAGGAAAACUUAAAAUGCCCAAGCUUUGGACAGCGGAGCACCCAAAUUUGUAUACUCUUGUUGUCACCCUCAAAGAUGCGUCAGGCCAAAUUAUUGAUUGUGAAUCAUCACAAGUAGGCAUACGCAUGAUCUCAAAAGCUCCAAAACAGCUUCUUGUAAAUGGGCAACCAGUUGUCAUAAGAGGGGUAAACAGGCAUGAACACCAUCCACGUCUUGGAAAAACAAACUUGGAGUCCUGCAUGGUUAAGGAUUUGGUUUUAAUGAAGCAAAAUAAUAUAAAUGCUGUAAGAAACAGCCAUUAUCCGCAACAUCCACGGUGGUAUGAAUUGUGCGAUCUGUUCGGAAUGUACAUGAUUGAUGAAGCCAACAUUGAGACGCAUGGUUUUGAUUAUACUGGACAUUUCAAGCAUCCCACCAAGGAACCAGUAUGGGCUUCAGCUAUGUUGGAUCGUGUCAUCGGCAUGGUUGAGAGGGACAAAAAUCAUGCAUGCAUUAUUUUAUGGUCCUUGGGGAAUGAGGCAAAAUAUGGUCCCAAUCAUGAUGCACUUGCUGGCUGGAUACGUGGUAAGGAUCCAUCAAGGCCUUUACACUAUGAAGGUGGUGGAUCUAGGACGACUGCUACAGAUGUAGUGUGUCCGAUGUACAUGCGUGUAUGGGACAUAGUUAAAAUAGCCCAAGAUCCUAAUGAAACACGGCCUGUGAUAUUAUGCGAGUAUUCGCAUGCAAUGGGAAACAGCAAUGGAAGUCUUGAUGAAUACUGGAAGGCGAUCGAUACUACUUUUGGUCUUCAGGGGGGCUUUAUCUGGGAUUGGGUUGAUCAGGGAUUGUUGAAGGAAGGUUCUGAUGGCACUAAGCAUUGGGCGUAUGGAGGUGAUUUUGGUGAUAUCCCGAAUGAUUUGAACUUUUGUCUUAAUGGUAUAGUGUGGCCAGAUCGAUCUAUUCAUCCUGCAGUGCACGAGGUCAAGUAUUGUUACCAGCCAAUCAAGGUGUCACUCGAAGACGGCAUAAUUAAGAUCACCAACACCCACUUUUUUGAUACAACAGAAGGUUUAGUGUUUGACUGGACCCUUUAUGGUGAUGGAUGUGAACUUGGAUCCGGGAUCCUCUCUGCACCAACAAUUGAACCACAAAAGAGUUUCGAAAUAAAGUGGGAGUCAGGUGUUUGGUAUCAGCUUUGGUCUUCAUCAUCUGCUGCUGAAAACUUUAUGACAAUAACUGGGAAGCUUCUGCACUCUACGCGGUGGUCUGAAUCUGGUCAUUUCAUUUUGUCUUCACAAAUCCAGCUACCUGUUCAGCAUGAAUCUAUAGCCCAUGUGAUCAAAGUGAAAGAUGCCACUUUCUCUAGUGAAAUCACGGAAGAUGCUAUAAGAGUAAGCAACCAUAAGUUGUGGGAGAUAAAGAUAAACAAGUGCACUGGCGCCAUUGAUAGUUGGACGGUUGAAGGGACUCGAGUUUUGCAGAAAGGGAUAUUCCCCUGCUUCUGGCGAGCACCGACAGAUAAUGACAAAGGAGGAGAGUCAAAAAGUUACUAUUCAAGGUGGAAAGCUGCUAAUCUUGAUGCUGUAUCCUUCCUGACUGAAAGUUGUACCAUUGGGAAUAAGACAGACAGUCUUCUGGAAGUAGCAGUUGUCUAUCUUGGUGUAGUAAAACAUAAGGAGAAAACUGUCUCCGAGUCGAAAGAUUCAGACGUUCUUUUUAAAAUUAAUGUUGGAUACUUCAUCCAUGGUACUGGAGAUAUUGUUAUGAAAUGCAAUGUGAUUCCAACUCCAAAUCUUCCACCAUUGCCGCGUGUUGGAGUUGAAUUCCACUUGGACAAAUCUGUGAACCAUGUCAAGUGGUUUGGCAAGGGGCCAUUUGAAUGCUAUCCAGACCGAAAAUCAGCUGCCCAUGUUGGAGUAUAUGAAAUGAAUGUCGAUGAUAUGCAUGUCCCAUAUAUUGUUCCUGGAGAAUGUUCAGGUAGGGCAGAUGUGAGGUGGGCAACAUUUUUGAACAAAGAAGGUUGUGGACUCUUUACGAGCAUAUAUGGUGAGUCUCCACCUAUGCAAAUGAAUGCAAGUUACUACACCACAGAAGAGCUUGACCGAGCGACACACAAUGAAGAACUUAUUAAAGGAGAUUAUGUUGAGGUUCAUCUUGAUCACAAGCAUAUGGGUGUGGGAGGAGAUGAUAGUUGGUCGCCAAGUUGCCAUGAAAAGUAUUUGGUUCCGGCUGUGCCAUACGCCUUUUCCAUCAGAUUCUGUCCGAUCACUUCUGCCACUUCCGGGCAUGACCUGUACAAACUGCAGCUCUGAAAGAUUUUGUGGUUCGCGAACAAGAACCGUGCCUCUGUAGUAUCUUCAUAUGAUAGGGAUUCGCUUAUCCGUUGAGCGAAUUCAGCUGGCUUGCAGAGGUCACAACAAUUCUCAAGUUCAAGUGCAGGCAUUAGGCAAUGCUGGACUUGACCAUGCAUCUAUGAAUCUGUUUACUAACAUAUAAUUUAAAUUUACUGAUAUACAAAUUGGAAUAAUUUUGAGUUCACAAUAACAGAUUUUGUGAAAUUAUUCUUCUCAGAUGUGCAUGAUACAUUUAUUGUCUCUA